GGCAUAUUCCCUUGUGGAUUCCAGUCAAGUUUCUACUUUCCUGAUUUCUAUUCUCCUCAUAGUCUACGGCAGUUUCAGGUCUCUUAACAUGGACUUUGAGAAUCAAGACAAAGAGAAAGACAAUAGCAGCGCAGCUGGGUCUUUUAAUGGCAACAGCACCAAUAACAGUAUUCAAACCAUUGAUUCUACCCAGGCGUUGUUCCUGCCAAUUGGAGCGUCUGUCUCUCUCCUAGUUAUGUUCUUCUUCUUUGAUUCAGUUCAAGUUGUCUUUACAAUAUGCACAGCAGUCCUUGCAACAAUAGCUUUCGCUUUCCUUCUGCUCCCGAUGUGCCAGUACUUAACACGGCCUUGUUCACCUCAAAACAAGAUUUCCUUUGGCUGCUGCGGGCGUUUCACUGCUGCUGAGUUGCUCUCAUUUUCUCUGUCUGUGAUGCUUGUCCUUAUCUGGGUCCUAACUGGCCACUGGCUCCUUAUGGACG